AUGAUUAGAUUUCAGGGUACAUGCUAGAAAAUGUAUAACAUCAUCAUACCCCAGGUGUGCAAAUUCAUUCCAGACAUGUAUGAAUAUCCUAAAUUUCUAGCAAUUAAAAGCGAAACUUUAGCUGAAAUAUACUCUGUAGGUUCAAAGAAUUAUGACUGGGCUCAUAUUGAAGGAGAGUAACCCUUUGAUCUCUAUUCAAGCAAGAUAUAUGAUAUGAAGAAUCUGCUGUUCUAUGUAGUUGGAGGAAGGUAUAAUAAUUCAGGACAAAAACUGAUUACGAUUGAUGCCCGACCAAUAGUCAAAUACAAUCACAGAGUAAAAAGAUUGAGAGAUCUGAUAGAGCCAAGAUAUUACUCAUCUGUCAUUAUUUACGAAGAUCAUCUAUAUAUGGUUGGUGGGAAUAACUCAAGAACACAUAAAUCUGUUAAGUCUUGCUUCAGAUAUAGUAUAAAAGCAGACUUAUGGGAUUAGAUUCCUCAAUUGAACAUCACCAACACUGAGGCAGGAUUAGCAGUAUUAAAAGGAUAUCUUUAUGCCUUUGGAGGCUCUCGGUUCAGUAGAUUAUAAAUAGAGAGCAAAAGAAUCGAGAGACUUCAUCUCGGUGAGAUGCUUAAGUGGGAGAAAUUAGAUAUUUACCUGAUUUAAUCAAUGAUCAAUGCUUGUGUUGCCCAGACCUCAGAUAAAAAGUGUAUUAUAUUCGGAGGUAGGGGUAAAGGCUUCUCUAGUCAGGUUAAGUUAUUUGAUCAUGAUAUUCCUCGUAUUAAGAAUGUUAAGACUGAGGCUGUAACACUAAAACAAGAAUUUAUAUUGUCAAACUAGACGAUUAUCAGUAAAAAAUUCAUAAGAUAUGAUGACCCAGUUGAAUAUAAACAUAAAAAGAAUACCACUAUUUUUUACUUUAUGUCAUUCGAAAAGAAAUUCGGAGAAUAUAAUAUUGCUAAAAAUACCUGGUAGAUAUCAGAUUGGAGAUGA